AUGGCGACCUCCCUUGCCCGCAUGCUCAAGGGCCAAGUGCGAUGCUACUCCGCACCGUUGGACAUGGCCAUUCCGGCCUCCAAGCAGCGCUACAUCCCCACAACCGGUACCUACCCCAAGGGAUUCAAGGUGUCUGGCACCUACGUGGGCGUUAAGGCCUCCAACACCCGCUUCCCCGAUCUCGCAUUGAUCGCCUCCGAGACGCCAUGCUCUGCCGCCGCGGUGUUCACAACCAACAAGUUCCAGGCUGCGCCUGUGCAGGUCAGCAAGAAGACCCUGCAAAGCCGCAAAGGCAGUGGCAUCCGGGCAGUCGUGAUCAACUCCGGAUGCGCCAAUGCCGUCACCGGCAAGGGCGGCCUCGAGGACGCAGUGCAGAUGGGUCGAAAAGUGGAUGAGUGCAAUGGUGUCGAGAACGACAGCUCGCUGGUGAUGAGCACCGGUGUCAUUGGACAGCGUCUCCCGAUCUCAAAGAUCAUCGACCGCAUCCCAACCGCGCACUCAACCCUGGCCUCCUCCCACGACGCAUGGCUCACCACCGCCCGCGCCAUCUGCACCACAGACACAUUCCCCAAGCUCCUCUCGCGCACCUUCACCCUGCCCUCCUCCCCCGACCGCACCUACAGCCUCGCAGGCAUGACCAAAGGCGCCGGCAUGAUCCACCCUAACAUGGCCACGCUCCUGGGCGUUCUCUGCACCGACGCCGCCGUCGAGCCCGCCGCGCUCCAGUCGAUCCUGAAGCACGCCGUGUCGCGAUCCUUCAACUCGAUCUCCAUCGACGGCGACACCAGCACCAACGACACGAUCGCCGUGCUCGCGAACGGUGCCGCAGGCGGCGAGACCGUGCGCGCGCCCGGCUCCUCCCCCAGCGCCGACUACACCGCGCUGCAGGGCGUAGUGACUGACUUCGCGCAGGAGCUGUCGCAGCUGGUUGUGCGCGAUGGCGAGGGCGCUACGAAGUUCGUUACUGUGCGCGUGCGCAACUCGCCUGACUAUGAGUCUGCGCGCCAGAUUGCUUCUACCAUUGCCCGGUCCCCGCUUGUGAAGACUGCUCUCUACGGCAAGGAUGCUAACUGGGGCCGUAUUCUGUGUGCGGUUGGUUAUACCCAGGGUGUUGCCGACGGUGUUGUCGUUCCUGAGCGCACUUCUGUUAGCUUCCGUCCUGUGGAUGGAAGUGCUGACUUGAAGCUGUUGGUCAAUGGUGAGCCUGAGACUGUUGAUGAGGAGCGGGCCAGCACUAUUCUGCAGGAUGAAGAUCUUGUGAUCGAGAUUGAUCUCGGUGGUGGUGAGAAGGGUGCUGCUGGAUGCGGUGGUGAGGAUGCUGUUUACUGGUUCUGUGAUUUCAGUCACGAGUAUGUGACUAUCAACGGUGACUACCGUACUUAA